GCUCCACUCCUCUCCGCUCCCAUGGUGAUGGUGCUAACGAGGGUGGCACUUCAGCCCGUGUACCGGGACACAAUGUGAACGGAACGCUCAUUUUGGGGGAUUUACAACUUCUUUUUCUUCUUUUUUUCCACACCCUUUACGAAAUGGAAUGGUGAAUAUUUGUCCUGAAUUGUCGAGGGUCGUUUUGGGGAAACGCUGGCGCUUUGUGGUCCCGCCGGUGGCGGCUAGUCGGGAUGCUGGAGCUCGCUUGAGAGCAACCCUGCCAUGUCUGUUGUCUUUUUCUUCGGAUUCGCCCCCGAAGUUCUUCGACGACCAGCUCCACAUUGAAUCAUUUAAACUUCUGAAAUGAUGUGUUUCGCUUUGCCUUCUACCCGUUUCAAACCUGGAUAAUAAAGAGAGGAGCGGCGACGACGUGACAACAAGCCGACACGACGACCACCAGCGUUACUUUCCCUCGGUAAGGCAGAGCGAGCUCAGCCAGCGUAGCUUCGCUCGCUCGACAGAGAGAACAAACACAUCCUGGAAGAGGAAACACGGUGCCACUGCCUAUUGCACAUUGUUGACAGUCCACACAUAAACCACUUUAAGCCGUGUGUGAAGAGGAUUGACUGGGAAGCCCAAAACGUGCAAUUAUAUUGACGUACUAGUCAUACGUAAGAUGCCCCUCCAAAUAUCCUAGGGCACAUCUGGACUGGGAUUCGCUCGAUAAGGGCUUUAAAAAGAGCGAUUGAUGCAUCUUGGAGUGUCCGAGUCAAUGAGAGAGUGCGAGUACAGCCAAAUAAGCACUCGCAGCUCCACUCCAAUGGAGACCCCUUUUAAGAAGAAGACCCCACAAAAGAGGAAAUGGGAAUCUUUUCCUGGUCGGAAUAAAUUUUACUGCGAUGGGAGGAUAAUGAUGGCCAAGCAGACAGGGGUUUUCUACCUCACCCUGGUCCUUAUUCUUGUCACUUGUGGACUCUUCUUCACCUUUGAUUGCCCGUUCCUGGCUGUGCAGUUGACGCCUAUUAUUCCAGUCAUAGGAGGAGUGCUUUUUCUCUUUGUGCUGGGAACACUGUUGAGAACCAGCUUCAGCGACCCAGGUGUGCUGCCAAGGGCCACUCCAGAUGAAGCAGCUGACUUGGAGAGGCAAAUAGAGCGUUUUGACCACCACUGUCCCUGGGUGGGGAACUGCGUGGGAAGGAGGAACUACCGUUUCUUCUACAUGUUCAUCCUUUCGUUGUCCUUCCUCACCAUAUUCAUCUUUGCCUUUGUCAUCACACACAUCAUUUUACGUUCCCAUCGAACUGGGUUCCUCAAUGCGCUUAAAGAUAGCCCAGCGAGUGUGUUGGAGGUGGUGGUAUGUUUCUUCUCUGUGUGGUCUAUUGUUGGCCUUUCAGGCUUCCAUACAUACCUUAUCAGCUCCAACCAGACCACCAACGAAGAUAUAAAAGGAUCGUGGUCUUCUAAAAGAGGGAAGGACAACUAUAAUCCUUACAGCCAUGGCAAUAUUGUGACCAAUUGCUGUGCAGCUCUCUGUGGGCCUCUGCCACCAAGUCUCAUUGACAGACGUGGCUUUGUCCAUCUUGACACGCCACAGCUGGUACCGCCAACCAAUGGCAUUACUGUGUAUGGUUCCACGCAAUCUCAACAGAGCCACAUGUGUGACCAAGACCAGUGCAUUCAGAGCACUAAAUUCGUUUUACAGGCCGCUGCCACGCCUCUCCUCCAGCAGCAGACCACCGAGCCAGUCAUCAUGACAACUUCCCCAGAAAACGGAGGAUCCCUCCCGGGCCGCCCCUCACUCGGGCUGGGUGGGCCUUGCACUUCGCUGCCCCUCGGGCAACCCACGCCUCCUACUUCCACGCCCAGCCUCAGCUGCCAGGAGUCCACCGACAUGCUGCCAAUUCAUUCACACGGUCACUCACAUAACCACAGUCGUCCGCUUCAAGAUCAGGUUGCACACCACCACUUUCUCACACCAGAGGACCUGCCCUCACCCCCAGGUAUGCUUCCUUGCAGCAGCCCCAUGGGUCACAGCCACACCGUGCAGGCCGGAUUCUACAAUCCAGCCAGCCAGGACUCGCUACACGAGGACUCAGUCAGAGGACUCGUGAAGCUCAGCUCUGUCUGAUGCAAACACUCAAUGAGAACAAGUGCAUCCAGCCCUGAAAACGUGCCACUUUCUGAGAAGGGAGCACUCGCUUGGGUUUCCUACAAUGCCAUGUUUGGAACUCAGCUGCUGAAAAGGGACCUGAACAGAACCCAAGCAAGAGCAGUUGUCCCCAGCCAACAUCUUGCCAAACCCUUCUACUGUGCAGACAUGUUUCUCUCGCCCCCUUUGAACUUGAUAGGGAAAUCUCUUCUUUUCCACUGUUGUGCACAAGGGAUUCCUUUUCAGAAAGGUGUUCAUUAAAUCUCAAACAUCUCAAGCAAAAAAAUGUAUCCAUUUUAAAUGGUUCUUGACCUUUUUGGUCAAAAGUCAUGUCAUUUUUGCUAGGGUUUUUUCUUCCCAUCAGACAGAUUUUCACCUGUAUGCCUGUUGCUGAUUGGAAAGUAUUUUUUUUCUGCCUUUUUUCCAUGUACAAUCUCAGCAGUUGCAAUGGUUGAUGUCACCCUACUGCAUAUCAUCCUACUUUUUUAUGUUGGGGAAAAUAUGACAGUUGUAUUGUACCGAGGUUAUUGAAAAAUAUAUUUCCUGUGGAUAUAAAUAAAUCAAGUACUUUUUAUCAGAUGCCAAAUUGUAUUUUGCGUUUCCUUACAUGUGCACUGGCCACAAUGGUCAGUUGCCAUUCCUAUUUUCAAUGCAACAGCUAUCUUCGAUUAGUUUCCAGGUCUUGUCUGUCCCCUGGUGGCUGUACAAGUAAAGUGCAUUUUGACAAACACUUUGCCAAACACCGUAGCUUUCGCAGUGUUAAUUGUGGAAAAAGUCCCAUACAUUUGUUAUAAUUUAUUUGCCAAUAAGAUUUAAUGCAUUUUCUUGUCAAAUUACAUAUAUGAAAAAUAAGAUAAUUAUUCAUGGCCACGUCUUUGCUAUGUAAUGAACACCCCUUUUGUAGAACGUUUUCACACAAGAUACAAAAAUGCACAUACUGUAUAGGAACACUCUGGACAGUGGCAAUUCCACUUGGUAUGUGAUAUCAACCUUUAGAAGGAUUCACUUGUUUCUUGCUGAAAUGAUUACUGAAGAGUAAUGCUGGUUGGCUUUCAUUUAUCUUUGCAGUGUAAUCAGUCUUUCCACUGAUGCUGCAGUACAAGCUAAAGAAAGUAAUGCUUUCAAUAACAUUGUUUUCUUUUUUACUGUACUGGCUAGUAGAAACAAAAGAUACUGUAUACAGUUCUUGAAUGAGAAAAGGCAUGAUGCA